AUGGAAUCGGAGGCGGCCAUGAAAACGGAGGUCAUCAAAAUUGAAAGCGAGGACGAGUCGGUCUUGGAGGACUGCAGCGGAUCCGAUGGAGAGGUGAUUGAUGAGAAUGAGGUGAUGGCGGAUGAAAGAGGUGAAACAGGAGGAGAGGUGGCUACGGAGAUGGAGGAAGAGGAUGACAGGCAACGUCGGAGGGGGUGA